AUGAAAAUAGAAAUAGACUAUAAAAUUAUAAAGAUAAUUCAACAACCAACAAAUAAUGCUGAAGUUGCUGCUUGCAUGAAAAUCCAUUCGACAGCUGUAAUUCAGGAACGACAUGUGCAAAUUUGGCGUGUAGGUGAAGAAAAACCAACUUAUAUUAGUAUACUAAAUGAAAAUUAUGAAGCAUUACAGUAUCCGUCAUUUUUUCCACAUGGUGAAAUAGGUUGGUACAUGUAUUGGAAAGAUCCUGAACAUUCAAAUCUACAAAAAAUUUCACAAGUAGAUUAUUAUCAUUAUUGUAUUAUGUCUGAAACAUGGUUUCAUUUACUUGGCCGUCUUUUUAAUGAAUAUUUAGUGGAUAUGUUUAGCCGAGCAGAUGAUGAACAACAACAUCGGCUUAGGAAAAAAGAUUAUGAAAAUGAUGAAACAGUUUAUGAUGAAGUUGAGUUAUAUCCAAAGAAUAUAUAUUUACCAGCAUCGCACACACUUUCAUAUAGGUGGACUUACAAAAAAACAAUGGAUGCUCUUGCAGUAGUGAGAGAAAAUGAUGAAACUGUUGAUAAAAUUAAAGAUUAUAUUAAUGCAUGUUACUUUUUUGCAAUAGAAGCAGUCUGGCAAGAUAUAAAUAAAAAUGAGCAAUGUUUUGCAGAAGCUAUAUCCUAUAAAUGUACUCUAGCACAACUUCAAUUGCUCUUUUGUUGCCUAAUUCUAGAAGGUAUGCCAGCACAAUCUAUCUGGCAAACCUACAGUAAAUUAAUAUCAGCAGAUUAUAUUAAUAAUAAAAAUGAUAUACAACAAGGAAAAAAUGAAGCCUUAAUAUGGAUAGCAAGUUUUUUAGAAGAACAUGGAAAUCGAAUAGCACAGUUUGGUUUACCUCAACCAUCCAAUCAUCUUGAUGAAAUAACAUGCAUUCAAGCACCUUAUGACGAUUACAAUGCAUUGAUUGCAUUAUAUAAUAAAAUGAUACAUGAACUUAACUUCGACCAUGCAUUAAAUGACAAACCCUUGUUUAAACAACCUAUUCAAGAUGCCCAUGAUCAAGAAUACUUUCAACUAAUGGACAAAAUAGGUGAUGGCAUUAAUGGCAAAAAUGUGUUAUUAAAAUUAUUAAGAAUGACCCAUAAAAUAAAUGAUAUAAUUGAUUUUACCUUUCCUAAAACUGUGUUAAACAACCCGUAUGAAUGCCAAAAACAUUCAAUACUUUGUUUGUUAAACUCUAAAGUAGAAUCGAUUAAUGAAGUAAUUUUGCAAAAGUUAAAAGGUGAUGCAAUUAAACUAUAUAAUUCAGACAGCUUUGCAGAUAGUAAUAUCAUAAAAACAAAUCAAGCUAGAAGAAAUUAG